GCCUCCAGCGCACUAUUCCUCUCCCUAUUUAUGCGUUGCUCUCUUUUCAUCCCUUCUCCAACUCUUCUCACCCAUCUCGAUCUACAAUAUUCUGCAACUGCAAUGCUGGCAAUGGAUUACAAGCUUUCCAUGCCUUCAUCCUCGCCUACCAAGUGGUGGUCGAAGGAAACGGUGGCGGUCGUCACCGGAGCGAACAAAGGGAUCGGGUUUGCACUCGUCGAAAGGCUCGCCGAGCUUGGGCUUACAGUAGUCCUCACUUCAAGAGAUGUUACUAGAGGGAAGGCAGCCAUUGAGUCCCUCAGAGCUCAAGGACUUGAUAUUGAGUUCUGCCAGUUAGAUGUGGGCGACUCUUCGUCAAUCAUGGCCUUCGCAUCUUGGCUGCAGCGAAGAUUCGGAGGACUGGACAUUCUUGUUAACAAUGCUGGUGUCUCCUUCAAUGAGAUCGAUAGCAACUCAGUUGAACAUGCUGAAACCGUGAUUCGAACCAACUUCUAUGGACCCAAGCUACUGAUCGAAGCACUCCUGCCGAUGUUUCGACGGUCUCCUGCCACAAGCCGGAUACUGAACAUUAGCUCGCAGCUUGGCCUUCUAAAUAAGGUGAGCAACUCUGCCUUAAAGGAGCUACUUCGAGACGAGGACAAGUUAUCCGAAGAGAAGAUUGAGUACAUGGUGUCACAAUUUCUGGACCACGUAAAGAAAGGAACAUGGCAAGAGCAUGGCUGGCCAAAGGUGUGGACCGACUAUGCUGUCUCUAAGCUUGCACUGAAUGCCUACUCCAGGUUGUUAGCUACGAAACAAGAGGGUCAUGGCUUGAGUGUGAAUUGCUUCUGCCCGGGUUUCACGAGAACUGCGAUGACUCGUGGCCGGGGAAGCCGGACGCCAGAGGAGGCGGCCGAGGUUGCAGCCAGGCUAGCUUUGCUCCCUCCUAGUGAGUUGCCAACCGGAAAGUUCUUCAAAUGGUGCACACCAACCUUGUACUCAAAGUUAUAGAAAUUUUUAUUAUCGUGGAGCAAGUUUUAUGCAGUGUGAUCAUGUAUUCAUAUUCUCUCUUGUCAUGAUUCUUAGAUGAGUAGUUAGACGCCGUUUUUCUGAAAAAUAUUUGUGGUGGGAAAGGAAAUGUGUUUAGUUGGAAGAGGGACCUCUGCCGAUCGAUCUAUGUAUGAGUUUUAAUUACCAAUACCGGUUGAUGUAAUUUUGCAGUCAUAAAGAAAUGCUGAAACCGAAGUCGGUAAUACCUAGUAAACUUGCCAAAGGAUUGAGCCUCAUGAAUUAGCUUAUGCAACCUAUUGACUG